AUGACUUCUCAUCCCGACAACGUAAUCAAUCGCGGUAACCGUUGGUAUUUCAAUCCUGAUGCUGACGCUCUUGCAAACGAGAUUGUUCGGUUGAAAAUUGGUGACGCUGCAGGGGAUGCAACGGAUGACGCCCCAAUUCGGACUCCUCCGAAAAACAAGUUGGCUUCAGCUGUUCUUGCAGAUACGAGUCCGCUUGAAACGAACUCCAUUCCCAGCACCGAUUCUUCUCCAAAGGCGCCUGACCAUCAAAUAGUCGUUUCUCAUUCUCGCGGCUCGUCUACGGACACAACAAUAUCCUCACAAGAUUCUGCCACCUCUUCCACAAGUAAUGCGAUGCUCGCCCACACUCCUUUAAAAAGCGGUACUAUCAGCGAGUUGAAAGAGCGUCCCCACUCUUUUAGUGGUGGACUUUCUUCAGCAGACCUUCGUCGUUUACAACAAGCUGAUGAAGGUUUCUCCGAUGAUAACAAUCAAUUGCAACAACAGCAACAGUGGUCUUCGGGCGAACAAUUGUCAUACCCUUCGCUAACGCCGAAUAAUCAGACUAUUCAUCAUCGAUCUCAAACUCAGCAGGCCCACCAAGGUCCGCAAAAUAUGAACCGCGAUGUUACUUCUCCAAUAGACUACAAUACGCAGGCGCGCAACUUCAACGCUCCUCUACAAUCCGGGAUGACUCCCACCAUGUCGCCAACCAGUCCCCCUUACAUCCAGGGAAGACCCAACAAUGUACCUGUGGCCUAUCGCCAGCCUCCCCGUGGUUUCCCUCCCCAGCAAGGUUUGCCCCUUCCAAGCCCUGGAUAUGCUCAUAACGGGCAGAUUCCUAUCGGGAAUUCACAGCAGUUGUACGAUAUGAUGCUUCCUGGUGCCUCACCUCACGAUCCUGCUCAUCCUGCUGUGUCUCGUGUUCAGCAGCAACACAAUGUCUUCCCUCGCGCACACCAUCAUUCUGCGUCUGACCCGACUGCCAUCCGGGAUCCUGCUGCCAUUGCUAUGUUAAACAGUGGUAUGCCGCCGUUCCCUGCGGGUAUGUUCCCCACGAACCUUGGUGCAGCUCCGCCGCAGAUGCAGAUGUACCCUCCAUCAUUCUAUGGCACUCAGGAUGCCUAUCGCUCUGACGCUGUGGCAGCUGCUCAGGCCAUGGCAAACCGCAUUCAAGCUCAGUACACUGGGCAGUAUGCCAUGGUUCCAUCACAGCUCGACGGUGGCAUGUCCAGUCCUUCGUCCAGCGCCGGAAACCAGAACGGACCUAGUGCGAACAAUAGGAAGCUUGGUUUGUACAAAACUGAACUGUGCAGAAGCUGGGAAGAAAAAGGUAGCUGUCGCUAUGGUGCAAAAUGCCAAUUUGCCCAUGGUGAAGAAGAGGUUCGUAAAGUUUCGCGUCAUCCUAAGUAUAAAACAGAAAUCUGUAGAACUUUCUGGGUUUCAGGUUCUUGUCCAUAUGGGAAAAGAUGUUGCUUCAUUCAUACGGAGCUUCCCAACGCAGGCCCAACGCCUCCUGGCCAGCAACCUGAUACCGUUUCUCCUCCACCUCGCUCAGACGUUCGGGAGCGCUCAUCGAGUACUAAUUCUGAUCCGAAUGAGGCUGUUUCUCUCCUUGCUCGUAUAUCUGCGAAACGUACCCAAGAUACUGGUAGCAACAGCUCGUCCACUCCUGUGGAUAAUAACGUCAACAACUUCCAGUUCGGUGGUGCGCAGAAACAGAGGCUCAAGGUCGACACUUCAGCCCUUGAUCGGAACACGAUGAAAGGGCAGAACAAGUCGGCGUACCCUACGUUCGCGAGCAAUGGUGUCCUCAUGGCUGCACCAGAUAAUAUAUCCGCCAAGUCCCCUGCGCCGGUAACAGCUGGCCCCGAUCUCGGACGACACAAUAAUGCACGUAUGGAGAUAGUGGGGUACAACCAGCGUAUGGACAAAACGCCGCCUUCGAACAUCCGCCACACCACUACGGGCUCUGAAGACAUCUCGUAUCAGGCGUCGCAAUCAAUGGCCGGUAACCCUUAUAAUACGUUACCUUCUGGUGAUGGUGCCCCAAGCGCCCCUCGCGUCAAUGGACAUGUCAGGGCGGGAAGCGCAGGAAACUGGGGAAACUUUACCUCUAAUCGACCUAACACUCAGUUCUCGGUAUCAGCGUACCCGCACGGUCCUAGUCCUGCUGGCGACGGACCUUCGAAUUCUCCGUGGUCCACGACUGACCUUGCAAUGGGUCCGUCGAGGUUGAACGAAAAAGCUUGGGCGUGA